CGUAAUUUCGCUUCUAAAUAUUUACUGUCGGUGGUGUCAAAACAACAGAAAAUAAAAAAAAAAACAUUGUAAAAAUCUAUAUUUUGCUCGUGCGCGCAGUAUAUUUCCAAAUCCAUCGAGAAUAUUCAUGUAAAGUUAUCGCGUUAGCUUUGCAGCUUCGUUUCGAGAAUUUUCUAGAUAGUUCGAGCUGUUUCGCUGUACUUUACAACUACAUCGCUAACUGCAAUAGCGUAAGGGCCACUCUCGUACCAGCAUGGCAUCUCAUUCGAGUUUCUACCAAGGAUCGAAGCGAAUCUCUCCAUUAAAGAUAAGAAAUCCAAGUAUCUUGCCAUCGCAAAUAAUGCCAUCUCCGACGGGAGCUCCAUUCAAUUUCGCUGAAAUGCCCUGGUCGUACGGAAUGAAACCGGGGCAAGUGAUGGAAUUCAAUGCUGUCAUACGGCCAAGCCCGAUUGCGAUUCCGCAUGGUCCACCAUCACCGAUACCUUCAACGAGCAGCCCGCCUAUGUUCGGGCUUUCGAUGCCACAGACUUUCCUGCCAGAAAUUAGAAAAAGAAAGCCAGAUCCCGAUGUCAUACCAGUGCCAUCCAAACAGUAUCUCACUGAAGAAGUAAUGUCGUCGCAUUUUAACAAUUUGCACCUGUCGUCCGAAUACACUGCUCACGAUGUACGAUCGAAAACAUCGGAAUCCGUUGUUCCUGCACAUUCUACGCCCGAGGAAGCAAUGUUGCUAGAGGACUUGAAUGACAUGAAUAACGCUACUGAAGCGUAUCGUGUAUGUAUGUCGCCACAGGAACUGGAGGAACGGUUGAAGAAGGCACAACGGAUUGCGAUCUGUGAGGAAGUCCGCAAACUUGACAGUCGUGCUGAAAUACUGCCCCAGGCGUUGCUCGAUCGCAUCGAAAAACCAUGCACCGCUUUGAUGAUCUGGCAACCUCCCCAAGAGCGGCUCCAGUCGUUUAUAUCAAAAGUGUCGGAAAACCUGGAGGAACACGAACGCACCGAAAGGAAAACUGCCAAGAAAAACAGUUCCAGUAAAAACAAUAACAAUGACGAGGACGUGGACACAAUGGCCAUUAGUGAUGAGCCGUUACCCGAUCUGCCGGAAUACGACGAGGAUUUGGACUUUGAGCCAGAAGGCAAUGGGAACAAUUGGCAGCAACGGCUGGCUCCCUUCCCGAUCACAAUGGAUGUUGAGAUGUAACUCUAGGGUAGCAGUUGGUGAGAGUAAACGGAAGUGGACUGUACAUUUUAUCUGUACUUAGAAGGUGCGUUUUUCCAUCAUCAUCUUCUAACGAGAACAAAAAAAAACAAAAAUAAAUGGUGUUUUUAUUUACGAUAAUGUACGAUGAAUCUGA